AUGUCACAAGAAAAGAAGGUCGAAUCCUCAAUCAUUUUUGACAGAGAAAAAGAGUUUCAGAUAGGAACUUUAGAAUCAAUGAUUGGAAUAACAAGAAAAGAAAAUGAAGAAAAUAGUCUUGGGAUUAGUCAAACAACUCCAAAAAAAAUAAAACAACCAAAAUCUCUUGUUGAGGAAAGUCAUGUUGAGAAGAAAAAAACUAACAGAUCUACAGAAGAAAAAGAACAAAAGCCAGACCAAGAAAUUCAAAGUCAAACUGAGAAAAAAGAGUCAAACUUAAGUACAAAUCAAGAAAUUGUUGAAGAUAAAACUAAUGAAAUUAAAGAUAAAACUAGUGAAACUAAAGAUAACAAAGAAGCUUUUUCAAAUACAACUGCUUCAUCUCAAAAAGAAGGGACAACCGAAAUAAAUGUACAAGAAACUCCAAAGACAGCUGAAGAGAAUUUUGAGAAAAAUAAUGAUAUAAACAUUUCGCAUAUUGUUGAUAAUGCUGAUAUUCAAAAAACAACUAAUGAAAGUCAAAAUUCAAAUCAGAACCAAGUUAGUCUUGUUGAAGAAUCUAAACAACAAAUAAAAGGAGUUGAGACAUUACCACAAGAACAUAAAACAACAAACAAAGAAUUAGAGAUUAGUGAUAUUACUUCUAAUGAAACAAAUAAAAAUGAGAAGGUUGAAAGUAUUGAAGAAGAAAAGAAUAGCAUCAUUUUAACCCAUGAAAAUGAUUUGAUUGACAAAAAAGAAUCAAAUACUAUUUCAAAAUCCUUUUCAGCUCAAGAACAAAUUAAAGCGUCUCAAUGUAGGGAGUCUCUUAUUCAUACUGAACGGUUGAUGGCUACUGUAAAAGAUAAUAUGCAUCAAGCAGAAGAAAAAGUUGUUUCAACAGUAAAGUAUAAUAAAAUUGAGACACCAAGGAAAAGAGCGUCUGUCAGUAGAAUUACGUUAUUAGACGAUCCAAUAAAACACCAAAAAACAGAGUUUAAUGGAAUUAAAGAAGACAUCAUUCCUCAUAAGAAAGAAAGUGUUACAAGAAUUAGUGAUGGAAGCAGGUUUUCCGUCAAAAAAUUAAGUUUUGAUGAAAACGAAGAAGAACAAGAAGAAAUGGAAAAAGAGAAUUUACAUCAAGUCACUUCACCAAUAAAAGAAGUAAGUCAAAUGGAAGAAGUUCCCAUUGAAACUCAAACACCAAACCACAAUAAGAAUGAAGAAAUAUCAGGAAUAUCAAGUAUCUCGAGAUUAUCUGAUAAAAUGAGAGAAGAAACAAAACCAUCUAAAAGUUUGAUGUUAAACAAAAGUCGUUGUUCUGAGUUUAAAAGAAAAUUGUCUUUAGUUGGUAAAAAAAUUGGAGAAGAAACAGAGUGCCAAAUUAAAAAGCCUGUUCCUGCUACUUCCAUUAAUUUAUUUAAUUCAAGUAUUUUACAGCCAAGAGGAAAAAGAACAAAAACAUUACCUUGUUUAAAUUCUAAUGGAAGGUUAUGUUCAUUAGAAACAGACAUGGAAAAAGAUGAGCAGUCUGCAUAUUCUUUAUUGCAAAAUACACAUAUAAAUCUUAACCAAGAUAUGGAGGAAGAUGAAAUUGAAAAUGAAAUGCGAUCAAUACAACUGAAUAUGAGAUUAUCAAAUUAUAGAAAUAGCAAUAUUUAA